AUGGGCUCCAGACUCUGUAAUCAGCUCUUUCAUGCAUCAUAUGUUUCAGGAGCUUUUGGAACAGAGUGGAGUGUGAAGUACAACCAACAGCGAAUAUGUGCUUUAAAAGGAUCCACAGUGUUUAUGAAUGGAACUUAUACUCACCCAGAACAUCUUACAGUCACAGAGACUUUUUGGUUCAUAGACCUAGAUAAGAUAACUGAUCUGAGUGCAGUCCCAGUUUAUUCAGGCAGAGCUGAGUAUUUCACUGAUGAACAGAAACACUUCUCCCUCAAACUGAGUGAUGUAAUGAAGAAGGAUGAGCAUCAGUACUACUUCAGAAUCAUAACAAAUGUAGAAAAAGAAAGAUGGCUGGGUACACCUGGAGUUCAGCUCAGAGUUACAGAGCUCCAUGUAAAAACUCCUGAAGAAGUGACAGAGGGAGAAACAACAGAUCUGACAUGUAAAACCACCUGCAGUCUGACUGACCCAGCAUUCAUCUGGUACAAAAAUGGACAUCCUUUAACCACAAAGACCAUCAAGAACAACCAGCUCCACCUGCAGACAGUCAGCAGUGAGGAUGCAGGCAGUUAUAGCUGUGCUGUAAGAGGAUAUCAACACCUCCACUCUACUGCUCACAACCUCAGAGUCAGACAUCCUCCAAAGAAUGUCUCAGUGUCCAUCCAUCCCUCUGAUGAAAUAGCAGUGGGCAGUUCAUUGACUCUGAGCUGCAGCAGUGAUGCAAACCCACCUGUGAAGAUCUACACCUGGUUUAAAGAAGGUGGAACCUCACCUGUAGGAUCUGGACAGAAUUACAGCAUCACUGCUGACCACACUGGACUGUACUACUGUGAAGCUCAAAAUGAACAUGGAGCUCAGAAGGGAACUCUGAUGAUCAUUGUUAAGAGUCAGAGUUUGUCUGCAGUCUGGAUUGCAGUGGGAGGAGGAAGCUUUCUCCUUAUUAUUGCUUUAAUCUGCAUCUGCAGAAUGAAGAAAAGAGCUGCUGUAACUGAUCACAGUAAAGCAAGACAGCUUCACUCCCAGGAUGAUGUCCUCUACACCAACAUUACACACAGCAGAUCCAGACCUGUCCAGGCUGCUGCUUCUGCUGACUCUGGAGCUGCUGAUGUUCUGUAUGAUACAGUCAGGAUUCAGAAUAAUGAAGUGACCAGCACUGACCAGCAGAGGGAGCCCCAAUAUGCCAGUGUUACAUUCCACUACCACACUGCUGCCACUGGGUCACCGACUCAGAACGUGGAAGAUCCCUCAGUGAUUUACAGCACAGUAAGAAAAGAUUAG